AUGGCCUUCUGUCGUACAGUGGCAGGACAUUUUCCGUGGGGCCUUGGCCACUUGCGUGGCUCCCGCACAGUGGACAGCACUUUCUUCUAUUUGUCUGCAGCUGCUCUUGCUGUAUGGCUUGACUCAAACGAGUCAAGCCGACCACGACGGCAUUUUAGACCGUCUUGCUGUGAGGCAAGUAGUAGUAGCAUCAUCAAGUUUCGAGUCGACAAUGAUCGACCAGGUCUUUUGAGUGAGGCAACGGAGAUCCUCAAGAAACAGCAGUUGAACAUCCGAGAUGCGCGCAUCUCCACCAACGAAGACUCGCGUGCCUGCCAUUUCUACGUGGUCCAAGACAAGAUCUCGGGUUCCGGGUUGUCGGAAGAUCGCCUGGCCCAGGUUCGUGCAGCUUUGCAAGAGCUUGCAAGUGGUGACUGCCAAGCCGAACCCUGGCCACGCUACUCCUCGAAGGAGGUGGCAGAACACAGCUCCAUCGAGAAAGGCAUCUGGGUUAGCUACAAGGAUGGUGUCUACGACAUCACCAAGUUUGUAGCGAACCAUCCUGGCGGCAAAGACAAAAUCAUGCUGGCCGCUGGGAAGGCGAUCGAUCCCUUUUGGCGAAUCUACCAGCAACACACUGGCAGAGGCAAUGCUGUAGAGCUGCUGGAAAGUAUGCGGAUCGGCGAUUUGUCUGAUCCGCCAACUGCAGAUUGCGGGAGUUGUCCCUACAACACAGAUCCUGAACGGCAUCCCGCCUUGAUCUUCCACAACAACAAACCCUGCAAUGCCGAACUUCCAGCCGAAUUGAUGUUAGAUUCGUGGCUGACGCCCAACCCCGUUUGGUUUAUCCGUCAUCACCAUCCUGUGCCCUGCAUCAACCCCAAGCAGUACCGGCUCUGUGUCGACGGCGUGGGGACGAAAAAGGUGACGCUCUGUUUGGAGGACAUCAAGAGCCGAUUUCUGAAGAGGGAAGUGGUGACCACCAUUCAGUGUGGUGGCAAUCGACGAUCAGAACUGGAUCAGAUUGAGAAAACCUCUGGAAUUCCAUGGGGCUUUGGAGCGAUGUCAACGGCCAAAUUUGGCGGAGUUUAUUUGCGGGAGGUCUUGCAGCACUGUGCAGGGCUGAGCCACGAAAAUGUUGAGGCCUUCGAGGUAAAGCAUGUGAUUUUCAAAUCACUGGAUGGAAUGGAGGCUAGCAUUCCUGUUGAGAAGGCUCUGAGCCCCUACGGUGAUGUUCUUUUGGCCUACGAAAUGAACGAUGAACCUUUGAACAUGGAGCAUGGGGCUCCGGUUCGAGUCGUCGUUCCAGGUGUGGUCGGUGUGAGAAAUGUGAAAUGGCUUGGCCAGAUCACGGCUUCCAGAGAUGAAGCGGAAGGUCCUUGGCAACGAGGAAUCGCCUACAAGGGCUUUUCACCGAUGGUCAAGGAUCUGAAAGGCAUCGACAUAGAAAAGAUCCCAUCCAUGCAAGACUUGCCUAUCCAAUCAGCUAUUGUGACUCCCAAAGCUGGAAGCAUUGUGGAAUUGGAUGACAUUGAGGUGAGAGGUUUUGCCUGGAGUGGCGGAGGUAGAGGUAUUGUUCGAGUAGAUGUGUCCAUUGACGAAGGGAAUACCUGGGUCACUGCUGAUCUUUUGGACGGCAAGGACGCGGCCCGUUUUGUUUCUGAAUGCUCCUGCAGAAGGGGUCACUUUUGGUCACUGUUAGUCAACAUCUAUCAUUGUCUAUCAGAACAAAUGUGA